AGGCUUGAAGGAUUGUCUGCUCAGAUGGGACCUGAGGGGGGUCCUGGGAGGUCCCACGGGGUUGAGGGCGGAGGUGGAGCUUUAGGUCCCGGCUGUGGCGGCCGCCGCCGCCUCCGGACCUGAGGGUCCAGACCUCGGGGCACAGAGAGAGCGGGAGGAGCUCAGGGCCCGUCUGGGAAGGACCCCGCGUCCCGGCGUGACAUGUGCUCGUUUUCCCAUUGGAGUACUCGUACUGGCUUGGUCACAUCCGCUCUCAUUUAGGGUUUGGAAAACAAGUUCAGCAUUUCCCUCUCUGGUAUUGAUCGUUUUGGCGAGGGAGCUCAGUCCUCUGGAGCUUUCUUGUCCCCAAGGUCUUCCAAAGCGACAGCUUUGCUCACCUUCCCAGUGACUGGUCUGACUUGGACUCUACUUCCUGGUUACUCUUGGCCUCUUACUGUAAAGCAGAGUUUGGAGGUCGAUCGCAACUUCGCCAGCUUCUCGCCUGUCACCGACCGAACUGAUAGAAAUGCAGAAUGAUCUCUUUAAUAAAGAGAAGAACAGGCAGUUGUCAUUAACUCCUCGUACUGAGAAGAUCGAAGUUAAACACGUUGGGAAAACCGACCCUGGCACAAUUUUUGUGAUGAAUAAAAACAUUUCUACUCCUUACAAUUGUGCUAUGCAUUUAAGUGAGUGGUACUGCAGGAAGUCCAUUCUGGCUCUUGUGGACGGACAGCCUUGGGACAUGUAUAAACCUUUGACCAAAUCCUGUGAAAUUGAAUUUCUUACUUUCAAAGAUCGUGAUCCAGGAGAAGUGAAUAAGGCUUAUUGGCGUUCUUGUGCCAUGAUGAUGGGCUGUGUGAUAGAGAGGGCAUUCAAAGAUGAAUAUGUGGUCAGUUUGGUCAGAGCUCCAGAAGUUCCUGUAAUCUGUGGAGCCUUCUGCUAUGAUGUAGUUCUGGAUAAGAGACUUGAUGAGUGGAUGCCAACAAAAGAGAACCUACGUUCCUUCACGAAAGAUGCUCACGCUUUAAUUUAUAAAGAUCUUCCAUUUGAAGUUCUGGAAGUGGAAGCAAAAGUGGCAUUAGAAAUAUUUCAGCACAACAAGUACAAAAUGGAUUUCAUAGAAGAGAAGGCAUCUCAGAACCCUGAAAGAAUAGUUAAGCUACACAGGUUUGGUGACUUCAUUGAUGUGAGUGAGGGUCCUCUUAUCCCAAGAACAAGUAUUUGUUUCCAGUAUGAAGUGUCGGCAGUUCAUAAUCUUCAAGCCACCCCAUUGAGUCUUGUACGAAGAUUCCAGGGUCUGUCUUUACCCGUACACUUAAGAGCACAUUUUACGAUAUGGAAUAAGCUGUUGAAAAGAUCUCAGAAAAUGGUAACUGAAGAUCAAACUAAACCUACAGAGGAAAGUGCAUUGACCUAAUAACUUCUUAAAAUUUAAAUAUGUAUAAUAAAAUAA